AAGAAGUAGGAUCUACCUCAAUUGAGUUCAGAACUGAAGAGAGUGGAAUACGAGUAGUGAUGUUGGUGUGCUUAUACAUUUUACAUUUAUUGCUGUUUCAUAGACUUUGAUUUGGAUCGAUUAAUAUUUACAUGGACUAGUGCGUUCUGUCUUCAAAGCAGAGAAGAAGCUGAUUAUAAGUGUAGCACAAAUUAAAGAAGAGCAUAUAAACAUUUCGGCGGUUUCCAGUUUAUUUCCAGACGGAUCUACCGCGAUUGCCUUUGCAGAGGUGGUUCGCAUCAGUAGGAUCACAUAAUUUGUCUACGCCAAAGGAGACAGACAUUUUUAAUUGACCUGCUGAAUUGGCUUGCAUUGGUUACGUUUUGCUUCCAAAUAAAUAAGGGAUACUUAACUGGGUUAAACGCUUGGUAGAAUAUGUUGCUAUCUAAGUUUGGCUCUCUGGCUCAUAUUUGCACACCGACUGGCAUGGAUCAUGUACCAGUGAAAAUACAGCUCCAACCAGUGAAAGUGGAGAAGGAGCCAUUUGAUACGGUUUAUCAAGUGGGGUCUGUUUUGGGAAGCGGCGGAUUCGGGACAGUGUACGCCGGUAGCAGGGUCUCGGAUGGGCUGCCGGUUGCUGUUAAACAUGUGGCAAAAGAAAGGGUCACCGAGUGGGGAACCACAAAUGGCGUGGUGGUCCCUUUAGAGAUUUUGCUCCUAAAGAAAGUUGGCUCUGGAUUUAAAGGGGUGAUCAAGCUCUUGGAUUGGUAUGAAAGACCCGAUGGUUGGCUGAUUGUCAUGGAGAGACCCGAGCUGGUGAAGGAUUUGUUUGAUUUCAUAACCGAGAAGGGCGCUUUGGAUGAAGAGACGGCCAGGGUUUUUUUCCGCCAGGUCCUGGAGUCUGUUCGGCACUGUUACAGUUGUGGAGUGGUCCACAGAGACAUCAAAGAUGAAAAUCUGCUUGUGGACCUUAGGAGUGGCGAACUCAAACUUAUUGAUUUUGGAUCUGGGGCUAUUCUUAAGGACACGGUCUACACAGACUUUGACGGCACAAGAGUAUAUAGUCCUCCGGAAUGGAUCCGUUAUCACAGAUACCACGGAAGGUCAGCAACAGUGUGGUCCUUGGGAGUGCUGCUGUAUGACAUGGUCUGUGGAGACAUUCCCUUUGAACAAGAUGAGGAGAUCCUGAGGGGGCAUUUGUACUUCAGGAGGAGAAUUUCAUCUGAGUGCCAGCAGUUACUCAAAUGGUGCCUUUCACUGAGGCCUUCUGACAGACCAACACUAGAACAGAUAUUUGACCACCAGUGGAUGCGUAAAUCUGAAGCUGUCAAAACGGAAGACUGUGACAUCAGGCUGAGAACCAUUGACACAGAAGCAUCCAGCACAAGUUCAAGCAAGGAGAGUCUUUGAAGCCCUUGAAUGACCUUGCAAUGGGAGGGGCGCCACAAUCCAAGGACACUGUGACUUUGCUGCCAAGUUGUGGGAGGGAAUAGAAAGCUUAGCUUACUUUAAGGUCUGCCAAUCUGAACCUUUCAAUGAGGGGAAGAACAUAAUAAAUACAACUUGUAUUUAUUUAUAUAUAUAUAAUAUAUA